AAUCACAAAGUAGUAGAAGAAUGUAUUUCCUGUAGUCAGGCAAUAUGGCGCCGCACAUCCAGUCACUGGAAUGAAAUAGAAAGUCUUCUUUCUGAUUGAAUUUUGUGAAUAUUCGAAAUACGACAGUUCCAUCUAUCGCAUUGUGUCUAGAUGCUUCUUAUGCACUGACAGCCUGCAGGUCAGACCGGCAAUCACACACCAUACAGCUAGUGGGUGCCAAUGGAGACCCCGGAACCAGGGCCGGCGGACGGGGAAGAGCGUGUGGUAGACCUGAGACCACGCACACGCUCCAACCCAGAGGGUGCGGAGGAUCGGCGCAGCAGCAAUGGCAGCCUGGGCAGCGUCAGUGCCAUAAGCGUGGUUAGUGCCGUGGGUGGCAGUGGUGUUGGCAGUGCCAGCCUGCCCUCUGUUGGCAGCCGUGUGGAUGGAGAGGGCGAGGCGUCAACCUCCAGCAGCCUGCCCAGCGUUACCACAGCGACCCCCACUAUGGCCACAGCCAGCCCGGCCGCUGCUGCUGCUGCUGUCAACACCACUGCUGCCGUCGUCGCCGCCACCAUGACAGCCCCCAUACCUGGCGCUGCCAAAGAAAGGCCCAAACUCACGCAGCCUGUCCUCGCUGCCCCGCAGCUGAACACCACUGUAGAUGCGGGCCUGAGGGCGCCUCGGGUCAACUGCCCAGAGAAAGUGAUCAUCUGCUUGGACCUUUCUGAGGAGAUGUCUUUGCCGAAGCUGGAGUCUUUUAAUGGAUCUAAAACCAAUGCGCUUAAUAUCUCACAGAAGAUGAUUGAGAUGUUUGUUAGAACAAAACACAAAAUUGACAAGCGCCACGAGUUCGCUCUGGUAGUUGUCAAUGAUGAUGCCUUAUGGCUCUCAGGCUUCACCUCUGACCCCCGUGAGCUCUGCAGCUGUCUGUACGACCUGGAGACCAAUGUGUGUGAAUCCUUCAAUCUGGAGGACCUUCUCAACGUAAUCCUGCAGAAGAUCGAGCUGCCCCUGAUGGAGAAUGUGCAGACCAUCCCUCCUCCCUUUGUGGUGCGGACCAUCCUGAUCUACAGCCGCCACGCCGGCCAGCUGCAGUUCAACCCCUCGGAUGCCGUUAGUAAAAUGCUGCAGUCACCCUAUUUCUUCUUCGAUGUCGUUUAUCUGCAUAAUGGUGAUGAUGAACAAGGGGACGAGAGCAGUUGGAGGGAUAUCUACACGUCCUUCUGUAACUUGGACUCGAAAGGGAUGUGCUACAGCUUUGAGGUGUCCCUGUCGGGUCCCGCCCUGGAGCUGCACAACUGCAUGGCCAAGCUGCUGUCGCACCCCCUCCAGAGGCCUUCCCAGAGCCAGGCCUCCUACAGCCUGCUGGAGGAUGACGAGCCGCAGGAGGUGGAGGCCACCGUCUGACAGCAGCCUCCUCCUGCUCCUGCUCCUCCUGCUCCUCCACGACGCGCACCUUGAGCUCCCGCGCUUCUACCUUCGUCUUGCCAUAAAACCUCCAUCACGUCGGGAGUAUCGUCUGAUAUUCAUUGCAGAAUGUCUGUACAAUUUUUUUGUUUUCUGUGAGUUUUUUUCUUUCUUUUUUGUUUGUUUGUUUUGCUGUUUCAGGUAAGGUGUCAAUUUUCUUUUAUUUUUUUCCCUUCAGAAGACCUUGCUCUGGUUUCUUGUUGUAAUGUAUCUCUUCCUGACACCAGUGUCGUUGCCUGUGUGAUUUUAUUCAAUACUUUUAUUUUUUAUGUUGCUGUUUUUAAAUCACUUUUCAUCACUUUAGUUGUCAUUAUCCUUAUUACUGUUCAAAAUGAAUGUAGAUCUGGGAAGGACCGCUUUACUACUGUAUUUAAGGCCCAUAGCUUCAGAAUGAGUGGGGUAAACCAGGGGAAUCAUGCUCUUUGGCACAAAGUGCUUACUGGAUUUUAAGGGCACUGUGUAUACACAAAUUGUAUAAAUGUCAUUUGUAAAGCUGUCCUAAUUGAAUAAAAGACCAAUACAAUGCCA